AUGGCCAUGGAGAGCCCUGCCCCGCCGUCUAAUGUUGUCAUCGCAUUCGAUGCCACCAGGGAUUACAGCCAAGAUGAGCUUAAUCUCGUCAUUGAAGGCGUCAAACUGGUUGGUGGCAUUCUUCGUGGAGGCGACACGCUUCUCAUGCUAGGAGUCCUCCAUAAGGUCCUGCACCCCUUGGGUUACCAACUCAGAGCAUGCCCUGAGUCUUUGACUGGAACGAGUAUUCGUGCAAUGGAGGAGGAAGUUUCAAAGCAAUAUCUUAUAAAUAUCUUAUUAUUCUCUACAUCGAAAGAAGAUGCAAAAGCCUUGGUCAGCAUUGAAGUCCAAAUUACUGCUGGCUUUCCCAUUAAGCAGGUUAUUGUACAAGAGGUAGCAACCUGUAAAGCAAGUUGGGUAAUACUUGAAAGGCACCUUAGACGGGAUUUAAGGUUUUACCUUAAGCAGAUAUCUUGCAAGAUUGCGUCAAUACAAGAUAGCUUUUCUGUGGAUGUUUUGAGACCUCAUAGUACAAGUGAUACAGAUGAUAUAGAACACAAGCUCGAAAACUCGGACCAGUCCGUUAUCUCCUGCAGAAGCUACAACCCCUUACCCCACAGUUAUCAGGAAAGCUCUAUAAUGUUUAAGAGCAACUUGAUGGGUUCAUCUUCAUACAGGUCACAAGAGCAUAAAUUCUCACAGGAUUUUCCGCCUUCCUAUAAACAAAAAGAAUCAGGUAUGCACACCCAUGGAGAAAAUAGAUAUACCAGUGCUUCUCAAAUUGUCCAAAAGCAACAUAAACAUGUCUUCCAACAGGGAUACUUGGAGGCACCUAUUCUCUGUGCUGCUUGUGGGACAAGGACUGACUUGUAUCUCAAGGAUUCUAUGAGAUUUAAUUUCUCUCAGAUACAGCUUGCAACAAAUGAUUUUUCAAAGGAGAACUUAUUAGGAGAAGGUGGAUAUGGACGUGUAUAUAAGGGUAAACUUAAAGAUGGACAGCUCGUUGCAGCAAAGGUACGUAAAGAAGAAAGUCAACAAGGGUUUGCUGAGUUUCAUUCCGAGGUAUAUGUCUUAAAUUUUGCACGGCAUAAGAACAUUGUGACGCUGUUGGGUUAUUGUUGCAAGGAAAACCAAAUUAUUUUGGUGUACGAGUAUAUCUGCAAUAUGUCUCUUGAUUGGCACUCGUUCGAUAAACAAGCAAGUGUUCUUGAGUGGCACCAAAGAUUUGCUAUUGCCAUCGGAAUUGCAAAAGGAUUGCGUUUUCUUCAUGAAGAAUGCCGUGGAGGUCCUAUAAUUCACAGGGACUUGCGACCAAGCAAUAUACUGCUCACACACGAAUUUGUUCCCAUGCUAGCUGACUUUGGCCUUGCCAAAUGGAAAACAAGCGAUGAUCCUGUAUAUACACGGAUACUUGGCACAUUAGGCUACCUUGCUCCAGAGUAUGCAGAGGAUGGUAUUGUUUCUGUUCGAACAGAUGUCUAUUCAUUUGGCAUUGUUCUGUUACAACUGAUAUCAGGACGCAAGGCAUUCAAUGUAGAUAAAGAAGAGCAACAACAACCUCUGCGACAAUGGGCGGAACCACUGAUUCAAAGGCUUGCACUACACGAGCUCAUAGAUAGUCGUCUUGAAGAGUCGUAUGACACUUACGAGUUGUAUAUCAUGGCUAAAACCGCAUUCUUAUGUGUGCAAAGAAGCGCUGAAAUGCGGCCAUCCAUGGGAGAGGUUGUACGCCUUCUUGAUGUGGGAAAUGAUCAUUUCCAGCAAUUGAGAGAGCAGUUUGUACCUCAAUAUACAAAGUGA